AUGUCAUGUAAGACUGCAACUUGCCAAAAGAUUUCUGGAGAUGUCGGUGACGAAAUAGUCAUUCAACCUGAUAUUCUCGUUACAGUCAACCCGAAUCCUUUCAACAUUCCCACUGUGAAUUGGGAUGAUAUUUUGAAGAAUAUCCCAACAAUUCCACCGCUUGUUCUGCCGACACUAGACCCCAAUUUCCUCCAAAAUCUCCCCACAAUUCCUCCAUUAGUCCUGCCAACACUUGAUCCAGAUUUUUGGAAGAAUCUUCCAACGAUUCCUCCACUUCAAUUGCCAACGUUGGAUCCAAAGUUUUGGCAGAACCUUAACAUCCCGACACUCCCACCAUUCCAGAUUCCGACUCUUGACCCCAACUUCUGGCAAAACUUCAACUUCCCCACUCUUCCACCACUUCCAACUCUCGAUCCCAACUUUUGGCAAAAUCUGCCUACAAUACCUCCAUUUACCUUCCAAACUCCAACGCCCAAAACUGCUCAAUGUAUAUACAAAUUGAGCCAAGAAUUACAGAGUAAUAUGACAUUCGUGGGGAGCUUAAACUAUACAUAUGUGCAAUCUGUUGUUGAUGCAUUGAUUAUGCAAUCCGUUUCAAUCUGUAAUGGGUUUCAAACCCAACGAUUAACAGAUUUGUCCAAAAAAUAUGGAGUUUUAGUGGCUGACGUUCAAGAGAUUGUUCAAUACUUCUCACUUUCUGAUCUUGAGAAAAUGCUUCAAUCGAUACUUGAAGGAGAUUCCGGUCAAAUAUUCCAGCUUUUCUUCGCAAAAACAAUGGAGAAUUUGGCGAACCCAUCUGUGACGGCGAAGCUUUCCAAAGCAUCCACUCAAAUCUCAACACUACAAUUCGAUCUAUUAAUUAAUCCGAUUUGA